AUGGCACGCAAACGAGCGCUGGCCGCCCUUGCGCUGGGCGUCUGGUCCGCCGGCUUUGUGAGCCCCUUUGGAGCCGCGCGGGGCAUCUCCCAGGCUCGUGCUGCGGGAACAACGAAGACACAUGCCUACGCUCUCUCCGCUUGGCAGGCCGACAUCGAGGACCAGUGUGACUUUGAGCGGUUCGGUCUGUCUGCAGCCCUGGUGCUCAGGCACAGCGUGAUGGUGGUGGCGGUGCCAUCUGGUGGACCAGGAGGCCCUUGUCCUGCCGGCUGCGAGGUGCGCGCCGCGGCUCCUCCCAAGGGAUUCGGUCUGUUUGCCUGUUCCAGCUGCUCCGCCUACACCGACAUGUUCACAGAGGAGCCUCUUUUUGCUAUGCAGCAUUCCGGCAAUCGUCGCGUGGUCGCCGCUUGCGCGCGCUGCUGUGGCUUCGUGCCCUCCGUGCCUUUGCAGCUGGAGGUGCUGUUCGGUGAGAGCCGCUUCGCUCCUUUGCUGACAGCCCUGGGGGAUUUGCCCUCCAGGUGGCAGGAGAAUAGUGGAGAAGGACAAGCUUCUGUUGUGCGAUGCAAGCAAGGCUGUGGUGAACUCUACUGCUCCGAGGCCUGCAGAGACAUGCACUUCCAGCACUCUCACAACCUCCUCUGUGUCGGUCCUUUGACGACGGAGGACCACCCACUUCUUCGCUUCAAGUACCACGCCCUCGAGCAUGCUGACACCUUGCUCUUGGCCGCGCAGGUCUUUGCCUUCCUCAUCAACCGCGCCAAAGCAGCGGGUGGCGGAGCGGAGGUAACGCAAGGCCUCAUGCAGGAGCUCCUGUGCUUCUGCCAUGCGCCCUUUCGGGAAGCGUGCAGACCACCUCCUGGCCGGUCCAAGGAUGCAGAGUUCUACGUCGCUUGUUUCAGCUCUUUCAAGCUUCUUUCAGUUGAGUCGUGCCGCCACAGUGCCAUCACAGACAGAGGGGCACACGCGGACGGCCUCGUCAGCGAAGCGGCGGCUCUGCUCCGCGCCGCGCUGGAGCCGCACGCCCCGGCCGAGGUCGGAGCGCUUUUUGCCUCUGGGCCGAACUUCUUCGCUGAAGUGCUGGGGCUUUUCGAGUACAACAACAUUGACCUCGAGGUGCAAUCGCCCGUGGGGCCACUGCUCCAUAACCGAGCCAAAGCGCUGGCACCCCACAUCUCGAAUCCUCAGGCAGUAGCUGAGCUCAAGCAAUUGGACGCUCUGCUCCGGGAGAAGGAAUGGGUAAUGCGCUGCAUCUGGGGCGAGGAGACGACUGGGAUCUUCGGCGACGAGGCCGACGUGGCGGCCACAAACCCGGCAACCCAAGAUGCAGAGCCGAUGGACAGCCUCAUGAAGGCUGCUGAGCAGGGCAACGAUGCCGAGGUUGCAAGUGCAGCCAUGGCCCAAGCCACCGCAGAAGUUGCCAGACUCUCCCUCGAGCAGCUGCUGCAGGUCCAGAACAUCGAUGGCCAGGAGGUCUCGCUGCAGGAGUACUCGGGCAAAGUGGUGCUCGUCGUCAAUCUUGCAAGCAAAUGUGUGAACUGUAUGGAAAGUACCGAUCUCGAGGAUUCGAGGUCCGCCCUGCAGAAGAUCAGGUCUCUGACCCUCCCGGUGCUUGGAUUUCCGUGCAACCAGUUCGGGGGCCAGGCUUUUGCCCAGUCAAAGUGCCCGGACACCUUCCCCCUCUUCGCGAAGAUUGACGCUCCUUUGUACACCUUCUUGAAAGCCCGACAGGGAGAGCUGUUGGGAAGCGACAUCAAGUGGAACUUUGCCAAGUUCCUGGUGGACCGGCAAGGACAGCCUGUUGCACGCUUCGGGCCGCAGCAGGCCUCGCGACCCACAGAAAGCUGUAUCAGGGUCUAUCCUCAUAAUGCUGGUAAUUACCAGCGAUGGCUGCAGCCAUGA